AUGGGUGCAAGAGGUGGGGGCAUGAGGAGGAGAUCGGUGCAAGAGGUGGAGAUGGGUGCAAGAGAUUGGGGUGGUGGCGAGAGACAGAGGAGGGCGGCGAGAGGCGGAAGCGGGCGGUGGGCAGCGCAGGUGGGCGGCGAGAGGCGGCGGCGGGCGGCGAGAGGCAGAGGUGGGCGGCGAGAGGCGGCGGUGGGGGCAGAGGCGGCGGUGGCGGGAGAGGCGGCGGUGGGGGCAGAGGCGGCGGUGGCGGGAGAGGCGGCGGUGGGGGCAGAGGCGGCGGUGGGGGCAGAGGCGGCGGUGGGGGCAGAGGCGGCGGUGGGGGCAGAGGCGGCGGUGGGGGCAGAGGCGGCGGUGGGGGCAGAGGCGGUGGUGGGGGGAGAGGCGGCGGUGGGGGGAGAGGCGGCGGUGGGGAGAGAGGCGGCGGUGGGGGGAGAGGCGGCGGUGGAGGGAGAGGCGGCGGUGGGGGGAGAGGCGGCGGUGGGGGGAGAGGCGCAGGUGGGGGGAGAAGCACAGGUGGAGGUGAGAGGUGGGGGUGAGAGGCGGGGGGUCAGAGGCGGGGGGGUCAGAGGUGGGGAGGGUGAGAGGUGGGGGGGUCAGAGGUGGGGAGGGUGA